AUGACAGUCACUCUUUUGACUUUGCUGAACAUCUGUCAUGCUGAAGUCUACUGGUCCAUCGUGCCCAAACCUCCUAUUUUGAGAAUGUUAACUUGGAUGGACAAGCCCCCUCUGGUAUAUGUUAACAACACGGACUGGCUACCACACCCUAUUCUAGCCAAACGUGUUCCUCUAGAGUCUGAAGGGGCUCUGUACAAUUAUUCAGGAUCUACUGUGUAUCCUCCAUUUUGUAUGUCUUUUAGAAAUUCGUUUAUUGGUAAUUCUUUCUGUGUACCACGCAGACAUCAAGCGUGGAUUGUCAAAAACGCCACUGACAACAGUUAUGUAGGGGUUGGCAUGGGUGUGAUAGGAAUGGGAGAUGAGUUAGCACGUAAGACGUUCCAACCUAAACACCCUGCUAACAAGUACCUAUGUCCAAAUCAGAUAGGCACGGUACAAAAGGAGUUGCCAUGGACAGAUUGUUCUGUCCGAGUUCCCAGAAAGGUUAAGAUGCCGGCAACCACAGACUUUAACAUUUACAAUUGGGCACCCAGGUUACGUUGUGGUCGCUCUGAACAACUGACACGGUUAGACAAAUACACUGACUAUGAGAAAUGGCACAUGCCAUGUCAGAAUUUUCAGAAAAUUGAGGACUUACUAGAGGUAGACAUGGCUGGUUCUAGACUUGCUAUUGAAGCAGGUCCAAUACAGAACACGCAGUGGAAGAUAGUGGCUGCCACGCAGCCGAUAUACAAGUUUAAGGUCAAGGUGAAGAACUCAGGACUUGAUCUUGAGUAUGACAGUCACAUCAAUGUCACAGCAUGUGUUUUUGCUCCUUAUGUAAUGCUAGUAGGUAACAACCUUCGAAUUUUUAAAAAUGACAAAGGUCUAUAUGAGAUCAACUGCACAAAAUGCCGACUACAUCAAUGUCUUAGUCCUAAACACCAAGAUUCAUAUGUUGCUAUUAUGUAUCAUCCACCUUUAAUGUGGGUACCUGUCAACUUGACAGAGACGUGGGCAUCUACGCCUACUGUGCACAUUGUUCAAAAGGCAUUUAACAUGGUUAUACAUAGGUCCAAGAGAAUGGUCUUUGCACUUGUAGGAGCCGUAGUCUCAGUAAUUGCCAUGAUCACAUCACUAACCACGGCAACAUUGGCAUUAACUUCCUCUAUCCAGAACCAUGAGUUCAUACAGGAAGUGGUGUCUAACUCUUCCAAAUUAUGGCACACUCAGCAGAGUAUUGACUUAGCUUACAGAGAUGAGCUGGACAGUUUAAAAGAUGCUGUGUUUUGGUUAGGUAAAGAGGUUGAAGCUUUACACACAAGGAUUACUUAUCCCUGUCAUUACAAUCAAACGGGUUAUUGUAUUACUCCGUUGCCAUAUGAUAACGUGUCAUAUGAAUGGCAACUGGUCGUUCAGCACAUCAAGGGUGCUUGGGGAAGUCAUAACAGCACCUUGGACAUUAUUAAGUUGCAACAGCAGAUCAACAAAUUAGACCAAAUUGUAUAUGAGAAUGAAGCUGCAAAUAUAGCUGCAAAUUGGGAGAAUAGAGAUGAUGAUGAUGAUGAUGAUGAUGAUGAUGAUGAUGAAGCUAGCUAG